AUGCGGUUCUCGACUCCAUUCAUCUUCUUGAUAUGCGUCAGUCUUGCCGCCGGCCGUCUUUCUCACCCAGUGCACCCAGAGGUGCCAGUCAGCCAACACGUUCUCUCAAGCAGCGAGGCAGGCCAUUACCGGCGGCCAAGAAUACCAUACUUCACCCACCUCCAAGAUGGUGGCGCUGACGCUCGCACUGGAUUCGUUGCCUUCGGCGACUCGUACAGCGCCGGGAUUGGUACCGGUCUCGACGGCCCGGAAGAUGAAUGCCGGCGCGGUGUACAUGCGCACACGCAACUCAUCGCAGAGGAUCUCUCCGCGAGCCAAGGAGGUCCGAAUGCAACAGCAUUCCAGUUCCUGUCCUGCACAGGCGCGACGACGGAGGAGAUCCUCUCCGGCGGCGAGAUGAGCCAGAUCGACACCUUCAACGCUUCGCACCCCGCCGACUUCGCGCUGCUGUCAAUCGGUGGUAACGACCUCGGCUUCUUCGACGUGAUGAACGCCUGUAUUUUCCGCUUUUACGACUUCUACUCCGGGACCUGCGAGUCGGCGCUCGAGAAGUCCCGCGCCAGCAUAGAGAGCGAGGAGUUCGAGAGCCGCGUGCAGAUCCUCAUCACGGAGAUCCUGGACAAGGUGCGCUGGGAGAAGAAGCCGUGGUUCUUCGUCACGAUGACGGGGUACGCGAGGUUCUUCAACGAGAUGACGGACGGAUGCGACGAGAUGAGCUUCGGUGUCUGGUGGAACGGGCCGAAGCUGAAGAAGAGACUGAGACUCCAGAUGAAUGCGCUGGUGCUUGCGGUCAAUGCCAAGCUGCGGAAGACGGUCGAUAUGGUGAACUCGCGGUUUACCAGGGACAAGGUCCUCUUCGUUGACUAUGAUGAAGAGUUCGACGGCUAUCGCUUCUGUGAGGCGAGUGUUACGGAGCCGGAUUACGGCCGCAAUGACACGUGGUUCUUCCUCGUCGGCGGGCCAGAUAAUGCGCGGAAUGACACACGAGCGAAUCAUACAUUGGACGUCGAGACGUUAUCACCGACAUCGAUCUUGGUUGACCCGUCGUCCUGCCUUGAGCCGGCUCGAAGGUCUGGCGACUGGGGCGAGCUCGCCUUGUGCUAUAUGGCUAUGGCGAAGCAGCGCGACCCAACCCUCCAGCCUGCCCGUGGAAAUAUUUACGCUCGAGGUAACGGGAUGUGGUACGUCCCGACAUACUACGGCAAAACCUUUCAUCCUAGAACGCUCGGUCAUGAGAGGGUGAGAGACACCAUUUACGAGGCCUGGCACGAACUUGAGUCUCGAUGA